GGUUAUCUCAGCGUGUCUGCCUGUCGAGUAAGUUGUCAUUCAGUCAGACAUUACCAGGCACGUGGAUCACCCGCCCGACCCGCGCGGUUGUUAUUCGACUUGGGUCCUACGUACUUUCUUUUAUAUCACCACAUUGGUGUUCCGUCGGGAAAGUCAUUUCGCUAGCGACCAGGAAGUUUCGUGCUUUCUCUGUACGUGAACGCUGCGAUUUUAUGAAUACGAAUCCCGGCCCCGGCUACCUACUUCACCGUGUCCAUUCGGGGUCGUGGUUUCAUGGUCACACCACAGGCCCCCGUUUUGCCUAGGAUCACUACAAUAUCUCUACUAUAUCAUCGAAUGCAACUUCGUGACACCAGGUAGCUUCAUCAUAGCCCUCAUGAUACAUCAUCACCUCAUCUUCUUUCAGCCGUCCCGUUCGUCACUUGCCUUCCUACACCUAUAAUUAUCUAUAAUCGCCUAUAAUCAUGUCCUCCAAGAUUGGUGAUCCUAACCGUACCCUAUCCGACUCUAUCAAUGUCGCCACCCGUUCUGUCCACACGAAACUGAAUAAACUGGUCGUCUCCCGACUACCGCUGGCACAGCCUCCACAAGCCGAUGAUGCCUCUCAAUAUGUAUCUGGCCUGUUACACAUUGCGCCAAUAUACAUCACAUUUGAGUCAUUAUGGAGGACAAUCUUGAAAAUGCCAGAAUCUCUGGAGACUCACAAUUCCGAGCAGGAUGGCCCUACCGAUACCUCAUGCGGACCAGACGAAGUCAGACCCGAAGACAGGCCUAGCGCUCAUCGUCAAUUAACCAUCGAUACCCGGAUAGAAACAUUACUCACCAACCUAUAUUUCGAUGGGCUUCAACGUUCAAGUCCACUUCAACAAGAUCUGAUGUCCUUGACGUGUUGGUCAGACCGUACACUCUCGGAGCAACUCAAGAACGCGUCAAAAUCGCCAGUACUAGCCGAAUUCUUGGCUCACAUCGAAACGUCUGUGGGUAAAUCUCCCCAUGUCCUGCUCGCGUACGCUUGGGUCCUAUAUAUGGCACUCUUUUCAGGCGGGCGCUUUAUUCGAGCCUCGCUCGAGAACAUAUAUCCGGCGUUCUGGAUCCCCGCGUCAGCGCAGCAGCAUACUUCGGCCACUCUCGGAGGCUUUCCAAAAGAACAUCUGCUGCCACUUAGUUUCUUCCGGUUCAACACACACGAAGACGGCGAAGACCUCAAACAGGACUUCAAGAAGCGCCUCCUCGAGUCAGAAACCUUCCUCACAAACCCGGAGCGAGACGAAAUCGUUGAAGAGGCGCGCCGCAUCUUCGAGUACAUGAUCCGCAUUAUCGGCGAGCUAGACGAUAUCUGCGGAACAGAUAAGGAGGCCGCAGAGGCUAGGUUGCUGAGUCUGCGCAGCAGGGACAGCCUCGUCGUGCAGCGGGAGCGAAGAGAACAGAUAAAGCAGAAGACGACUGCCGAAACGGCGGCCGAACGCACGCGGAAUUGGGUCGAGAAAGCUCUGCAAAGGUUAACUUAAUGCAAGCCUAAG